CUGGUCAGUCAGAUGACUUGACUUGAGAAGAGCGCAGACGCAGAAGGACGCAGAUAGAUGACUUGAUUAGUUGCGACUUCCCACUACGUUCAACGCACUUCACUAUUUCGCUCGGCUUGACGUCCCGCCGACACUCGCCGCAGAGGCUUCCUACCAGUUCUCAAGGAUUUAUUUCAAGUUGAUCAAGAACAUGGAGUGCAAGAGCAUAGCCGUCGUUUUGGCGUGUGCGCUGUUCGCCUGUGCCCUGGGCGAUAAGAUCUCAGCUGGAGCGGAACCUACUCCUUCUCCCACUACGCCGUCUGCUGCCACUACUUCGACAGAUGCCCCAACUUCAACUAAAACCCCGCCUUCAACUUCAACUGCUGAGCCUACUACCCUUCCACCUACUACCACUCCUGCCCCUGAGCCUACUACUACCCCUGCUCCUGUGACCACCCCUGCUCCUGUAACCACCACAGUUGCUCCUCCUCCAUCUGAUGGGAGGGGUAACUGGACUGUGUCUGAUGGCAAUGUAACUUGUAUUGUGGCCCAGAUGGUGAUUUCUGCUAAAUUUAACUAUGCUCUCCAAACUCCCAACAAGACUGCCAACAAGGAGAUGUCUGUGCCAGUCACCGCGAAAGCUUCUGGUAUUUGUGAUGCUACCACCCAGAAUGUAAAACUCUCAUGGGAGAAAAACAGUAUUGACAUUACGUUUGGCAAGAAUGAUACUACUAAAAUGUACUAUGUGGCCAAUUUUAAACUUGAAGUCUUUGCUGACAACGCAAGUUUCCCCAACAUUUCUUCUGAUUUGGUAAACAAGACAUACACCUUGGUCAGCAGCUCUGAUGUCUUCAAGACUAAUUUCAACCAAUCUUACCGUUGCAUCCGCGAGGAGAGUCUUCCUCUAACUGGCAACAUGAGUGCUGCUCUUAUCUUGAACAAAGUCCAGCUUGAGGCCUUCCGCACCAAAUCUGACAAAGUGUUUGCAACUGCCCAAGAUUGUGAAUUGGAUACCCCUGACAUCGUUCCUAUCGCGGUAGGCUGUGCCCUUGCAGCUCUUGUGUUUGUUGUCCUGAUUGCAUAUCUUGUUGGACGCCGCAGAUCUCAAGCCCGUGGAUACCUUAGCAUGAACACGGCCCGGGAAUGUUCUUGACCUGAGCAUAGAAGU